AUGACUUCCGCCGCCUCCUUGCCCGCGUCGGCCGCCGCCGCCUCGCUUCCUGUCGCCUCGAGCACGUCGACCACCCCCGCAAUGACGUCUUCUUCGACCACCGCGACGGUGUCGCCGUUCCUCGCGGCCCUCCUCGCCGGGACCGCUCCUCCGCCCCUUGUUCCGCCGCCGAUCUCCACGCGGCCGGCGGGAUCUCUCUUCACCAAUGGCGCCGAGUGGCCCUUCUCCGCCCUGGUCUCCCCUCUCGCUCUGGCCACAACCUUCAUGGCGCCGCCUUCGGCCCCAAGUCUCUCGGGACCGCCUUCGGUGGUUCCACCGCCCGCCCCGGCUGCUCCUGCCCCGAUCACGGCGUCGUCCGGCGUCCCUAAUGCCCCCGGCACUGCUGCUUUCCAGCCACCGCUGCCGGCCGGAUCGGCGUCCCUGGUGCCCUAUGGUGCUGGCCUCUACGGCCAGCCGCUGUUCUACGGCAUGUCGCCCCUCUCCUACGGGCCGCACUCGCCGCCGCCACCUACACCCGUCGUGGCCACGGCCCCUGCCGUCGUGCCUGUCGCGGUGUCCGAUGCCGCCUCCUCAAUACUGAGCAACGUCACCUGA